GUUAUCGGUCGCCAGUUUGUGCUUAUUCAGAGAAAGACAAAAAAAAGAAAUCCUGUUUACAUUAUUUAAUGCCAUAGACCAGUAAUGUGCAAUGUCUUCAACGGCUAUGAACUCCUUCUUUUCAAGCGAUUUAAUCAACACCCAGAAGAAUGGAUAGAAUGGAGGGAGAAACUGAAAGAAAGAGAAGAACAGGGAGUGGAUAGUUUCGGGGAUAUUCCCAGGGAAUUGUGGUACUUGUCAGUGGCAUUACACCAACGCCCGAGGUACUUGUUACAACUAGUCAGGGAUGAGAUUGAAAAAGAAAAAAAGCAUUAUCUUCGGAGAACUGGAGAAACCCUUCUCACCACAUACAUUAAUAUGAAUCACUUCACAGAGUUUCAUCUCGACAGUAUCUUCAAGUAUGGAGAAGACAACAAAUUACCAAAAGAGAUUUUCAAAUGUGCCAAUAUUCGUUACCUUUCAUUGAAGUUCAACUGUCUGUAUGAUAUACCUCCGGAUAUAGGCCACCUCCAGAAGUUGAAAUAUCUUGCCCUCACAAACAACCGUCUACAUGUGCAAUCUAUCCCUCACACAUUAACUUUCUGUUCUAGUCUACGCACAUUAUUACUGGACAAUAACUUACUGGAUGCAUUACCAGGCUUCCUCCUUCAGAUGCCUAAUAUCGAGACCGUCCAUCGGCAUGGCAACCAUAACUAUUUCAAAUCCACUUUUAUGUGGUAUCAUACAGAUGUAUACUGCAGGAUUAUGCCGUUGACUGGAAAUGUGCAGGUUUCGUGUAAAAAGCCAUUCAAGCUAUCAUUCUGGGCCGCAAAAGCUUUGAUAGGAGCUAAAAAGAACUUUUUUACAGAUAAGAAUGUUGCACCAGUUUUGAAGGACUAUAUUUGUGAUGUGUAUGAACAGUUCAAUAUUUGCCAGAACUGUACAACUGCCUGUCUCAAUAAUAAACCAGGAUUCAAGGUGAUUACUUUUAAGAAUCCAUAUUUAGGAAACACUUGUGUGCCUUUCCAGCACUGGGUGUGCUCAUUUGAAUGUGCCAAAGCUCUUGAAGUUCCUGCCAGACAUGAACAGAUAGCCAAGGCUCGGGAACUUGACUCAAAGUAUGAACACUACGUGCACGAGUGUCAGCGUGCGUUUUAUAGAUGUAAACGGAAGCAGAAGGUAUUGUCAUGUUUGUCGCCAGAUGAUAUAGAGAGUGUAUCGGACUGUGAUAGUUAUAUUUCGGAGCCAACGAGUCAGCUGACUGACGAGUCGGACACUACUGAUGAAUCCGAGUCGAUUCAGACACAACCAAAGAACUGUAUUAUAAUGUGAUAUUACUCUGUUAUGAAAAACAAACCUAAUGAAGUGUUAAUAUAUAUUUCUAUUAAGGUAUUAACACCAAUAAGUGGAAGUGUGUACAAUUUGGUAAAUUUCGUCACUUUCGGUGUUGAUCUGUUUAUUUACAACACGACAAGAUGUUUUGUUGGUAUUGAUUGUUUAUUUUAAGUUUAUCAUCUAUGGACAGUAACAAAAAAUAUGCCAUUUUUUCUUAAGCAAAUAUUGGUUGCAAUAACUUGUUUAAAUUUUUUUCCAAAGCAUAAUUUUUUACAGGGUUAGGUAUGGUAUACAUAUAUUAUUAUUGGAAACACUAGUUUCAAUUUAAGAUUCAGAUGGGGAAAUUUUGUUAAUUUACACAGACUGCAUAAUAUUAUAUUACAAAAUAAUUUAUUAACAUCAUUUCCCUGUUACAUAUGCAUUGGAAAAUAUAGAUAUUGGGAUACUGUACUCUUCAUUGUAGAUGGUAGAUUUUUGUUGCAUUGAUUAAUAACAAAAGAGAAUUUCAUUCUCUCGACCAUAUAUCAGUUUGCAUUUAUUUAAUUAUAAUUUCAGUUUUUCCAGAGCAUAGGUAUUUGUUAGCCUCAUUUCCCUGUUAUAUUUGCAUUGGAAAAUAUAGAUAUUGGGAUACUGUACUUUUGUAGAUGGUAGAUUUUUGUUGCAUUGAUUAAUAACAAAAGAGAGUCUCAUUCUCUUGACCAUAUAUCAAUAUGCAUUUAUUUAGUUCCUUUUCAAUUUUUUCAGAGCCAGUAACACAUAUUAUCUGUUUUAAUUAUCAUAUUUGUGGUUAUUUUUCAUUUUUUUCAUUCUUGCUUUAUUUUCAUACAUUACAGAAAUAAGAAAAUUGUCAUGGUGCGGCUCAUAUGUUUUGUGUAAAACCACUUCAUGAAAAUGGUAUAUUUAGUAAUUAUUUAUAUUAUUCAUUCUUGAAAAUAAUACAUUUUUGUCAUUAUACAAUGUUAUAUAAGCACAAGUUUAAAAAAAUUAAAGAAUUAAGUUCAGUAAUAAUUAUUAUGAUUAUCAAUUGUUUUUAAAGUUUUUUGAAGAAAUGUCUGGAUAAUUUAUUUUGUUUUUUCUGUGAAGAUAUUGUAUAGUUUCAAAGUACUAAAAUCAAAUUAGUGUCAAAAAUGAUAAAAUUAACCAGUUCAUUAUUCCACUUGUCAGGUUCAUAAUUCCACAUGUUAAGGAAUGUUAAAAAAAUACCUCUCAGAAAUGUGAAUGAAUUGCUUUACUAAUCAGCUGAUAUUAUUUCUUUUAUUAAAGUUGCAUAUUUCUAUCACAUCCUGUUCCUUUUUAGCUUGACUAUUUUACACACCAGGGCGUCAGCGUUAGGCUUUGGCUCAGUUUUCGCAUGUAAGUUGGUAUCUCCAAGACCACUGAAGGGAAUAGGUUGGCAUUUUACAUUAUUUGAGAGCAUGAUAGAAGGUCACUAUACAUGCCCAUAAGCCAAUAACUCUAACAUGGAUUUUGACAGAAUUAAGGCCCUUUUUGAACAAUUUUACAUUAUCAAGACUCUUGUUUAACUACAUGUAUCCAGCUCUGAGAAUAGUCAAGCAAGCUCUCCUACCUACUGCUCUUGUUUUUAAAUGUAAUAAAUUAGUCAAUUAUGCUGCCAUUUUCUGGCUUUAUAAUACAUUAUGUAUUUGCUUGUGAUAAAAAAUUUGUUGUUAUUUCAUGUAGACUUGUAUUUCAUUCUAUGUAAUAUGGUAAAGGGAACCUGUGUUAAACUUUUUUUUUAAAAAUAUAAUGCUUCCCUUGAGUAGUUGAAUACGAGUCUAUCUGAAAUAAGAACUUGUGUAAUUAUAUAUUUACAAAAGUGCUUUUGAAUAGUGCGGAGUGUCAAUUUAAAAUUGACAUAACAAUUGACAUAACUACAUGUUUAUCAUGUUGCUCCAUUCUUUUCAUGUUACAUGUACACCACUAUAUUAUUGUCAUGUAACUAUAUUAUUGUCAUGUUACUAUAUUAUUGUCAUGUUACAUGUACAUUACUAUAUUAUUGUCAUGUUAUAUGUACACUACCAUAUUAUUGUCAUGUUACAUGUACACUACUAUAUUAUUGUCAUGUUACAUGUAUACUACUAUAUAAUUGUCAUGUUACAUGUACACUACUAUAUUAUUGUCAUGUUACAUGUACACUACUAUAUUAUUGUCAUGUUACUAUAUUAUUGUCAUGUUACAUGUACACUACUAUAUUAUUGUCAUGUUACAUGUACACUACUAUAUUAUUGUCAUGUUACUUUAUUAUUGUCAUGUUACUAUGUACACAACUAUAUUAUUGUCAUGUUACUAUAUUAUUGUUCUUUUUAUGUCAUUCCAUUCUUGUCUUGUUACUCCAUUCUUUACUCCAUUCUUUUCCUUUUACUCCAUUCUUGUCCUGUUACUCCAUUCUUUACUCCAUUCUCUUACUGUUUACUCCAUUUAUGUCAUGUUACUCCAUUCUUUACCCCAUUCUUGUCCUUUUACUCCAUUUAUGGCAUGUUACUACAUUCUUUACAUGUUACAUUCUUUUUAUGUCAUUCCAUUCUUGUCCUGUUACUCCAUACUUGUCUUGUUACUCUAUUCUUUACUCCAUUGAUAUCAUGUUACUACAAAAUUGUCAUGUUACUAUUUUUUAUUUUCUAGUGAUGUUCAAAUGAAACCUAAAAACAUAUUGAACUUUUUGUAAUAACAAGAAAUCCUGAAUAAUUCAUGUUUGAGGUUUAUAUUUUUAGGCUUUUCAUUGAUAUACUUUUAGUCACAUUUGGUAUUAACAAAAAUGUAGUGAGAUAUUAAUUUUUGAAUUUUGUUUUAUUUAUUAUAUGUUUGUCAAAUAUUUCAUGAUAUUUUCUCUUGAAAUCCAGUAAAUAUUUAAGUUACACAUUAGAAUUUUGUAUUAUGGUUUCGGGAUAGAAAACAAAUUUUAUGUUUAGCAACUUAUUAUUAGUGCUCGCCAAUUUUUUAAGCCAACCACCGACGAGGAUUUUUCAAAUUUUCAGGUUUCAAAUCUUAAUAGAACAGAUUUUAUAUAAACUGGACGUUUUAUAUUAUAAAACGCAAGUGGGCGGAGCUAAGUUUCGAAGAGCGCUAAAGUGCCAUAUACGCAUGUGCAGAGAUCUUGAAGUUUACUCCUCCUACUAAUCAAUAUUUAUGCAUCAUGUUUUUACAGUACACGCACAUGUAUAUCGUCACUACGGCAUAUAAUUAAAAAAAGAGGUUCAUUGAAAUGAAAACAGGCAAAAUAACAGUUUUAUUACUUAUAAAACUUCAAGUCUAUACCAUUACUUAAUACAUCAGUGUACACAUUUACUUAUAUUUCAUUUUGACCUUAUAAAAUGCUAUGAAUCAUGCAGGAACUCGCAAAUUUGGCUCAUUUAUUUAUAUAAUUAUCAGUAAGAUAUAUAUUUUUUUUUGUUUUCCAAAACGUUUUCUUCCAAUGUUUCACAAUUGAUAAAAUUUCGAAAUCUUCAUUGAAGAAUUGACCGAGGAGAUCGAAAUCACCGCUAUCAUUUUGCGCCUCCUUAUUGUCUGAUUUACCUAGACAGAAUGGGGGAAUUAGCUAUCCCGAAAAUGUGUACCGCUACCGUGUUGUUGUUGUUGUUGUUGUUGUUGUUUUAAGUUUAUUUUAGCUCGGCGCCGGAAAUUCCAUAUGUCCGAGAUCUCAGCGUCCAUGCCGGUCCACUCUGGUAGUCUCAUCGGGGACGUCUUUUUCAUGCCGAUCUUCCUAAGUCCUGUUCUUCGUUCGGUGGAGGAAGGACAAUACCGGAAAAGCAUCAAGUUCCGUGACGGCUGCAAACAGGCGGUUGACAUAAAACGGCUCUUGUUAGCGCCACCCUCCAGAGUUAGUCACGACAGGUCAACCAAUCACCUCUGGUACUUAAGAUGACUUGACCUUGACCUGCCGUGUGCCUUCUCCGCGACGUGCACGCCUCUGGAGGGAUUUGGAGAAGUUGCCCGCUACCGUCUUCCAAACAUGGUUUAUAAUAUACACAUUUAUGCUAUCGUGUGACGUCACGCAGUGUGUUGGGCGGAAAAAAAUUGGGCGGAGCACUAAGCCAAACUAAGCUACAGUCGCUUCGCAAGCUCCGCUCCUUUUUAGCUUUCUUAUUUACGAAGAACACCCAAUAUGCACUCUAACCUAUACAUAGUAGUUUAGCUCACCUGAGCACAAAUUAUUGACUUAAGUUUGAUUGUUAACAAACAAGGCUCUUUUCCUCUUUAUUAUAAGAGAACUUUGCAAAUCUUAUAAAAUAGGCGAGCAAUGCUGAGCCACCAUGGCCGUCUUUGUAUAUUUUGAUGUAUAAGCAGACAUAUACAUUUUUGUCAUCAUUAAAAUAACUUUGCUUUCAACCUUAAAGAAACAACUAAACAAUUAAACGUAAUUUGUUAUUGUUAUAAAAUGUGUCUUUCUUAGCAUAAGAUUUAUGUGUAAAAUUGAGACUGUUGCAUAUGCAUGAAAGAAAAUAACUUAAUAUA